CGCGCUCGUCGCCUUCGUAGGGCGCCGAGUUCUACCUUUUUUUCCACUCUUGCCAUGGCGAGCCGAGGAGCCCGGCAGCGCCUGAAGGGAAGCGGGGGCGGCGGCGGGGACACGACCUCGGCCGCCGACAAGCUGCGGGAGCUGCUGUGCAGCCGGGAGGCGGGCAGCGCAGAGCCCCGGUCCGAGUUAUCUGGGAACAAAGCAGGACAAGUCUGGGCACCUGAAGGAUCUACUGCGUUCAAGUGUCUGCUCUCAGCAAGGUUAUGUGCUGCUCUCCUCAGCAACAUCUCUGACUGUGAUGAAACAUUCAACUACUGGGAACCAACACACUACCUCAUCUAUGGGAAGGGGUUUCAGACUUGGGAGUAUUCCCCAGCUUAUGCCAUUCGCUCCUAUGCUUACCUGUUGCUUCACGCCUGGCCAGCUGCAUUUCAUGCAAGAAUUUUACAAACUAAUAAGAUUCUUGUCUUUUACUUUUUACGAUGUUUGCUGGCUUUUGUGAGCUGUAUAUGUGAACUUUACUUUUACAAGGCUGUGUGCAAGAAGUUUGGGCUGCAUGUGAGUCGAAUGAUGCUAGCCUUCUUGGUUCUCAGCACUGGCAUGUUUUGCUCAUCAUCAGCAUUCCUUCCUAGCAGCUUCUGUAUGUACACUACAUUGAUAGCCAUGACUGGCUGGUAUAUGGACAAAACUUCCUUUGCUGUGCUUGGAGUAGCAGCUGGGGCUAUCUUAGGCUGGCCAUUCAGUGCAGCUCUUGGUUUACCUAUUGCCUUUGAUUUGCUGGUCAUGAAGCACAGAUGGAAGAGUUUCUUUCAUUGGUCGCUGGUUGCCCUAAUGAUCUUUCUGGUGCCUGUGGUGGUCAUUGACAGCUACUAUUACGGGAAGUUGGUGAUUGCACCACUGAACAUUGUUUUGUAUAAUGUCUUUACUCCUCAUGGACCUGAUCUUUAUGGUACAGAGCCCUGGUAUUUCUAUUUAAUUAAUGGAUUUCUGAAUUUCAAUGUAGUCUUUGCUUUGGCUCUCCUGGUCUUGCCACUGACUUCUCUUAUGGAAUACCUACUGCAGAGAUUUCAUGUUCAGAAUUUAGGCCACCCAUAUUGGCUUACCUUGGCUCCAAUGUAUAUUUGGUUUAUAAUUUUCUUCAUCCAGCCUCACAAAGAGGAGAGAUUUCUUUUCCCUGUGUAUCCACUUGUAUGUCUCUGUGGUGCUGUGGCCCUUUCUGCACUUCAGAAAUGUUACCACUUCGUGUUUCAGCGAUACCGCCUGGAGCACUAUACUGUGACAUCGAAUUGGCUGGCGUUGGGAACACUCUUCCUGUUUGGGCUCUUAUCUUUUUCUCGCUCUGUGGCACUGUUCAGAGGGUAUCAUGGGCCCCUUGAUUUGUAUCCAGAAUUUCACCGAAUUGCCACAGACCCAACCAUCCACACUGUCCCAGAAGGCCGACCUGUUAAUGUCUGUGUAGGAAAAGAGUGGUAUCGAUUUCCCAGCAGCUUCCUUCUGCCCGAUAAUUGGCAGCUUCAGUUCAUUCCAUCAGAGUUCAGAGGCCAGUUACCAAAACCAUUCGCAGAGGGACCACUGGCCACCCGGAUUGUUCCUACUGACAUGAAUGACCAGAACCUAGAGGAGCCAUCCAGAUAUAUUGACAUCAAUAAAUGCCAUUAUUUAGUGGAUUUGGACACCGUGAGAGAAACACCCCGGGAGCCAAAAUAUUCAUCCAAUAGAGAAGAAUGGAUCAACUUGGCCUACAGACCAUUCCUUGAUGCAUCUAGAUCUUCAAAGUUGUUGCGGGCAUUCUAUGUUCCCUUCCUGUCAGAUCAGUAUACAGUGUAUGCAAACUACACCAUCCUCAAACCCCGGAAAGGAAAGCAAAUCAGGAAGAAAAGUGGAGGUUAGCACCAUGCCUGUGGCCCCAAAGGACAACCAUCCUGUUAACUGACCGGAGAAGAGUAGAACCAACUUUCAGGAAGAAUUGAAAAUCCCGGGACUGGAUGGCUGUGUUGAGCUGUUCCACACACUCUGGCUUGGCAUCCAAGAACUAGCCUCCCUUGGGCCGUAUGAGCUUCUCCACCAAAGCUCUUUGGCAGCUCCUAGCAGACGACCUCCUUCCAAUCCUAGUGCUGAAAAUGAGCACAGCCUAAUUGCCAACGUACACGUCCUUUUCACCUCCGGCAAGACUAAGCUUUUCUAAAGCACGUCACAGGACCAGGACCCUACCCUGGAGGUAUCUCAGGAAAAAUGCAACCAGUUGAGGAACUGUGGCUUAAUUUCAUUACAUAGGAUGCCUCUUGCUUUCAUCUUAUUUCCUUUACAACAAACUAUAACUAUAUGGGUUUGGGUUUUUGUUUGUUUGUUUUUUAAGCUUUAGCAUGCUGUUUCUUGAAUUCAAGACUUCCCUGUAUAAAGGUAUCAACAGACCAGACUAUAACUGUACAGGACAUACGUGGAGAAAAUUAACUCUACCAGUUGGUAGAUUUGGAUGACAUCACAUUUUAAAGUAAUUUAUUCUGAGGCCAUUUCUGAGGAAAUUAAGAAUCUCCCUUUUUUAAACAGCCCUAGUGAAAAAGACCAGUGUAUAUUCAUGGCACCUGUUUUUGAGUAUGUCUAUUGCAAAGCACAUCCUGCAUGGGGCACCUCUAGUCAAGUAGGCAAUGAUAAGGACUUAAUUAAAACAUAAGUAUAUACUUUACUUUGCUUUUACACACAGUAUUUCAUAGUUUACAAAGCACUUUCACAUUAUCUCAUUCGAUCCUCACAGUCAUGACGUGAGGUAGACAAAGCAAGUGGUUUUAUCCCCAUUUUACAGAUGAAGAAACUGAGACUAGGGGGCAGGGGGCAGGGGGAGGUAAGGUGACUUGCCCAAGGCCACACAGCCAAUAAGUAGUAGCGCUAGGACCAGAACCUGGGUUGCCUAACUUCUCAUCCAGUGCUCGUCCCUACUCCUCACUUGACUAUGAGAACAUUACUUGAAAGAAUGAUGAGGUUGGCCAGAGACCUAAUUGAUAACGUAACUUUCUAUUUUAAGGAAGAAUUUUAUCUGUGUUUCUGUGAGUUCUUUGGAGCCUCCAGUCUGCCUAUUGGUUAGACCAUCAUAGCGGUACUCCGGGAUGCAGCCUGGCCUGUGGCAGGAAAGUAGUGCUCAUGUUUGGAAGUCAAGCACCUUUGCAGCCACACAGGAUCCAAUACCAGUUCCAUUCCUAUAGUCAAUCUGGGGUCACUUUAUAGUGCCUUAUUUCCCUAAGGGUGAUUGUGUCUAGUAUCUGCAAAUAGGAUGCAUUCAUUUUUCAGAGUUUCCAUCUUUCAUUUUUCAAAGAGAAGGGAUUUUCAGUAGGAACUGAUCCCAAGAGAGGAGAAGUGACAAGGGAAGAAAUGGCUAGUUACCAUAUGAAGAGUCCUCAUUUGGAUCCCCUCUAAAGGAAUAUCUGGGGAGGGGUUGAAGAAUUGUGAGUCAGUAGGUCUAGAUAGCAUGAACAAUGAUAACGGGAGAGUGAAGAUAAACUGGGGUCCCACUUGCUGCUUUAAGGAUUUUUGUAUUUAAUUUUCAAUACUUGAUUACUGUUUCCCAAGGCAGAUAUUGGCACAUGUGGUCUGACUAUGGGAUAGAGAAUUUCUAGUGAAAGAUCUUGCCAUACCUGCAGUAAUAGUGCACUGUCCUUCACAGUGGCUAGAGCUCUUUUUUUUGCCAAGGUAAAUGAGAAGGUACAGUAAUGGAGGUCCAUGGUGAGUGGUUUUUUUCUAAUCAAAGUGGUACAGUACUGAUCCAUUUUAUCAUGUUGCAUGUUAAAAAAAAAAAAAGCCUUCUAAGCAAGAACUUACUGUAAUGUAGCACAAAAAAGGUCAUGAUCAAUCUAGGUAUUCCUUGGGAAUAUCAGUUGCUAUCCCUUUUAAAACCUGAUUUCAGUUUGCUCUGUUCUAUGAAUAUCUUUAGUGAGAGCACAGUAAAUUGCAGAACACUCUGCCAAAUUCGAUAGGUAAGGGAUAUAAAAAUGAAUGUCUUUUGUUGUGAAGGUGUUUUUCACAUGAUAUAUAAACGCGUUAAAACAUCUCCACCUGGGCUUCCCUGGUGGCGCAGUGGUUGAGAGUCCGCUUGCUGAUGCAGGGGACAUGGGUUCGUGCCCCGGUCCAGGAAGAUCCCACAUGCCGCGGAACGGCUGGGCCAGUGGGCUGUGGCUGCUGAGCCUGCGCGUCCGGAGCCUGUGCUCCGCAACGGGAGAGGCCACAACAGUGAGAGGCCCGCGUACCACAAAAACAAAACCACAGAACAUCUCCACCUCAGCAAUACAGGGAGGUUAGCUUUGCCUGGGAAGAGAGUUUCAAAACACUUGGUGAGAGUAGCAUUUCUCCUCCAGAGAAUCAGUGUUCAGCAUGAGCUGACCGCUUUGCUCACUGUAAGGAUAAAGUAUCUCAGGUACGUUUUUCUCCAAAGAUUGUUGACUAUCUGGGAAUGAAUGAAGGUCUACAGCUUAUUGGUAAUAAGCUUUGAUUGCAGAGCUGAGCGAGGGAGUUGGGUGUAUUGGCAGUCCCAGGGCUCUCUGAUCUCUGGAUCUUAAGCAGCCUUGUCUGAACCCCAGAUCUCACAACACUGAGUCCUAUUACUGAACCAGCCUGUGUAGUAGCAUCUGCUAUCAAAGUAUACCUGUCAACUGGUAGGUGUCAUCUGAUAAGAAAGACCACUCAUUUUAAUCUCUUGAGAUUAUAACAUUAAAGUGAAGCCCACACUCUUUAUUACUGAAUUCAAGUUUAGAAACUGAUUCUCUGUUUUAAAUCAAGGUGGUUCUUGAUCCCAACCAUUUAUUUGGGUCAUUUUUUCUAGUUUGGAGUUCUGGGAAAGAACCUUCCAAACCCCAUGUAAUUCUGCAGCAUUAGAUCCAGAUUGACCAUUUGGGCAAAGCACAAAUGGAAAUCCUUUAUUGUGUUUUGCAUUUUGUAGGAUUUAUUGAAAUAAGAAUUCACUGUGAUUGUGCUGUCUUCUGGCCAGUGUUGGGCAGCUCUGCUUUAAAUUUGGUUAAUUUUAUUUUCUCUGAAGAGCGAAAAGAGGCACAGUUUAAUCUUUGCCUCCACAGGCAUAUUAAGCUCAUGUAUUAAUUCAUUCUUAGGCUCCUACAUUAAAUGCCUUGGGUAAACAGAUAAAUGGACAUGUGCUCAGCUGUAAUAUUUUUGCAAAAGAAAGAUCUGACUUCCAUAUAGCAUUGUUGGAUUUCAGAGGCUCUCUGGUGUUUUGAUAAAUCUAAAUGAAUGUUGCCUUUAAUUUUUCCAGUAUAUAAUCUAUUUAACCGUGAGAUUCAUGCUGCAAGUGAAAUCAGGAAGCACUGCAGUGUUGAAGCAAGAGUAUUGUUCAAUUCAUUUGUCUUCCUGAUCCUUGUACUUUAUUUCACAUGUCAGUGUUUACAUUACAUACUUGUAUUUUCUGUGAAAGAGAAAGUUAAAUAAAUCUUGGCAGUUUGAUUUUCCUUUUA